UAAAAGUCCUUGGGCUUUUUAUUCUUAUAGUUUUAAACACCACUAGACAAGAUGGAGGAAGAUAAGAAAAUCAAGUUGUGAAAUAAGUGUGUAUCAUCAUAAAUUGACUUGACUGAGACAAGACAGCGGCACUGGGCCAGUGAGGAGAGAGGGGACACAGAGGACGGUGGCAGCAGAAAAUCCUGCUGACAUUCCAGUGAAUUAAUGACGUAGAGCUUCCAGGCACAACAGAGGGACGACACAGAAUCAAGAGACUGAAAACGGGCGCCACAUGGCUCAGUUGGAGAGCAGGCGCACCAUAUGCGGAGGCUGCACUUGUUUUACCGGUUCAGAUUUGUUAUCUGUUUUUCAUUUUUAGCCAAAGUAACGAGCCACUGUUGAAGGUCCAAAGUAUUCAACUGUAUUACAUUGGGUGUGACUGUAAAUGUUUGACUUGAUUGGAUUUUAAUGAAUUUAGAAUUGGAUUCUAACACGCUGUAUAUAAAUUGAAGUUGUUUGAGAAGCAUAGUGGCAUAAUAUGGUAUAAUUUUGGGCAAAACAAGUAGAUUUCUUUAUUGGCUGUGAUAAUGAAAGGAAAAAAUGUCGUUGUCGGCAGGAUUCGAACCUGCGCGGGGAGACCCCAAUGGAUUUCUAGUCCAUCGCCUUAACCACUCGGCCACGACAACUGUUAUCAUACGUCAUCAAAUAUGCCGUAAUAAUCCAGAUGGUACCACGUGUUUAAUCUUCCUAUUGACUGGAUUUAUUCAUAUGUAAAAACAGCGUUAUUGAUAUUAGGCUGCGUCAGAAAGCAAUCUUUAGUUAGCUUGUCUGUUGAGCUGCUAUUUAGAAAGGAUAAGAAACACAUUGUCAAAAUGUAAUUUAUCUAUGUAAAUUCGGUAGAAAAUAAAAAGGGAUAAUGCAACUGUGUAAAGAAAAAAAAUUAACUUUGAUAUGUGAAAGUGUGAGUGGGACAAACUUUAAUAAGUUCUUUAAGUCCAGCUCAGUGUCGUUCGCUGCGCCGUAUGUGACGAUAAUGGCGUCGGGGCUGAAAACAUACUAUAAGAGGUUAUUGCAGUACAUAAUCAACGAUAUAUCUGGCCCACCUGUGUUUGCAUCUGUUCAUACACGCGGUAAGCGGCUAGUUAAGUGCACUUAGCGUUAGCAUGGAUAAGUAAUUUUAUGAACUACGGCUAUUGCGUCUGUUGUAGAAUAGAGUCACGUGACCGCGAAUUAACUCAGGUUUGGCAGCGUCAAGCUGGAGGUGACCGUCACUUCUCCGGAAGAGCUCCAGUAAACAUGUUAAAACUUCAUAGUUUCAGACUUCUCCCUAUAUUGAUUUUAAUUUGUAGGAGGCGUAAUAAGUUGUUCAAAUUCAUUCAGUUAAUGGUUCUUACCUUACUGUGCUAUUUUCACGACUAUUAUCAGCUCCUAAACGCUAAUGGGAAGGAGGCUCACUUCCGGUUUCAACGUUACUGCCUGAGUGUAACUUUACGCAGCUUUGAGGCCUGCUGUGUUUUCAACGGAGGGAGAGUCGAGAAGAAAAAUGGCGUCUGCAGGCGACUCGGAGCGGGACACCGGCCAUUCAGUUUAAGCUUUCCUCCUUCAAACCGAGACCCGGGCUCUGUGGGGACCCAUUGAGAACCGUCGCCGGACCCGCUAUUGUCGUCCUCCCCGUUUUUCUCCGGAGUGUGCGCCUCUUCCGAGCACCGAGAUUGAAGCGGAACGUAGCUUCUCUCCUACAAUGAGGGGGAGAAGAGGAAGGCCGCCCAAACAAGCAGCCGCGAUGCGGGAAAGCUCACCGGGGCCAGUCCGGGGCUCUCGGGGUGGCAGGACCAGAGGGAUGCGUGGACGGGGAAGAGGCAGAGGACGGGGCCGGGGACGAGGAGGAAGUGGCGGUGUUUGCAGCAUCGGUUCCGUGGAGGUGGAUACGGAUAUCUCCGGCCGAGAGAACUUUCAUUCGUCGCGGGGCCGUAGGAAAGUUGGAGCCUCCAUAGCAGCGGCUGCAGCGGCAUCGCGGGGCAGAGGAAGGGGUAGGGGGUCCAGAGGUGGCCGCGGCAGUAGAGGCGGAGUGAGGCGACCUCAAACCAAGGUGGUCUACGACGACAACAGCGACGAGGAGGACGAUAAUUUAAGCUACCGUUCGGACGAAGACGAAUUGAACGACAAUCCGUCGUCGGAUCUAGAAGAUGAGGAGGCCUUGGGAAACGAGUCUGACUAUCUGGAGGACCUACCAGAUGAUGAGGAUGCCAGCUACUGUACCGAGAGUAGUUUCAGGAGCCACAGCACGCUCGGAAGCACCCCAGGUCGUAAAAGGAGUCGUGCUCUGCGGCCUCGCUCUCCGCCUCUCGAGGCGAAGGACAUUCCCCCUUUGGAGCUUCCCAAGUCCUCCGAGGACCUCCUGGUUUCUACCUCGCAGCUCCUCAACGUGUCCGCCGUCUACGAGGUGCUACGCAACUUCGGCACGGUGCUGCGUCUCUCCCCGUUCCGCUUCGAGGACUUCUGCACGGCGUUGUCCAGCCAGGAGCAGUGCACGCUGCUGGCUGAGACCCACAUCUCUUUGCUCAAAGCGAUCCUCAGAGAAGAGGACACGUCCAACACCACGUUCGGUCCCGCUGACGUCAAGGACUCGGUUAACUCCACGCUGUAUUUCGUGGACGGCAUGACCUGGCCGGAGGUGGUGCGGGCGUACUGCGAGAGUGACUCGGAAUACCGCCACAUCCUGCCCCUCCUGGAGAACGAGGAUUACCCGUACGAGACCCUGGAGAGCAAAGUGAAAGUCCUCCAGUUUUUGGUGGACCAUUUCUUGGCGACCAACAUCGCCCGCGAGGAGCUGAUGUCGGAAGGCGUGGUUGCGUACGACGACCACUGCAGGGUGUGCCAUCGGCUCGGCGAUCUGCUGUGCUGCGAGACGUGCUCGGCUGUUUAUCACUUGGAGUGCGUGAAGCCUCCCUUGCAGGAAGUGCCGGAGGACGAGUGGCAGUGCGAGGUCUGCGUGGCGCACAAGGUGCCUGGCGUGGUGGACUGCGUGCCUGAAUUACAAAAGACCAAGCCCUUUCUUCGUCAGCUACCGGUUGGCUUUGACCGGCACCAUCGUAAAUACUGGUUCUUGAAUCGCCGGAUUGUUGUUGAGGAGGACGGUGAGCAAGAAGACAAAGCCAUCUGGUACUACAGCACAAAGGUCCAGCUGGCCGAGGUGAUAGACCGGCUGGAUAAAGAGUACUGGGAGGCCGAUCUGUACGCAGCCCUCGAGGAGAUAAGGGACGAGGUGCACACUCACAUGGACAUCACCGAAGACCUCACCAACAAGGCUCGCGGCAACAACAAGUGCUUCCUCACCGCUGCCAACGAGGAAAUCUUGGAGCGACUGCGAGCUAAGAAGGAGGAAGAGCUGGAGGAGGUGAAGAGACGGGCUGCCGAAGAGGCCCAGAGGGCGCGGCUGGAGAAGCAGAAGAAGGAGCAAGAUUUGGAGAAGGGAGAAGAGGAGGCCAAGCCGAAGGAUGAAGAACAGGAGGAUGGCGAGGCCAAAGAGCGGUCAGCGGAAGACGAAUCAACAAAAGAGGAGGCCGCACAGGAAAAAAACGAUGGAGAGAAGAGCAGUGUAAGUGGAGCUCCGCCCUCUAGCCAAGAAGACGGCGGCGGCGGCGGCGGCAGCAGUGUCGGGGAUGUACCAUCGAUCCCGUCGACUGCUUCUCCUUCACAAACCUCCACUGGGAGCGGCGGCCUGUCCUCCACUGUGGAGGUUCGGCUAGAACGAUGCGUCUUCGAGUCGGGGUCUAACAAAACUGAAGGAAACCCAGCAUCUGACUCCGUGCCUGUCAGUGGUGACGGCGUCCCCAGCCUGAGUCAGCCCUCCCAACCCUGUGAAGACAACAGCAACAGCAGCGUUGCCGGCGUCGCUGCCAGGGGCCCGGAGCCCCCAGACUUGGCUGAUAGGUCAUCCCAGUCAUCGCUGGCGAGCCUCGAUGACGCAGGGGACAGCAAAGACUCGACCAACAGCGAGACGGCGGGCGGCGGCAACAACAAGAGGUCUUCAGCGACGCGCAUGGUGACGCGCCUGAGGAACCCAGACAGCAAACUGAGUCAGCUGAAGAGUCAACAGGUCGCAGCUGCUGUUCACGAGGCAAACAGGGGCUUUAAGGAGGGCAAGGAGGUGUUAGUGGUGAACGCCCAGGGCGACAUCACCCGGGUCAGCACGCGGAGCAGCAAGGAGGUGGUGAUGAAGGGAACCAUCAGCCAGUUCUUCAAGCUGGGUCAGGAGGGGAAGUACCGCGUCUAUCAUAACCAGUACAGCGCCAAUGCCUUGGCCCUCAACAAGCACCAGCAUAGAGAGGACCAUGACAAGAGGCGACAUCUUUCCCAUAAGUUUUGUAUGACGCCAGCAGGAGAGUUCAAGUGGAACGGGUCCAUUCAUGGUUCUAAGGUUCUGACUAUCUCCACGUUAAGACUCACCAUCAUCCAGCUUGAGAACAACGUUCCGUCUCCUUUCAUGCAUCCAAACUGGGCUUCACACAGGACCAACUGGAUCAAAGCAGUCCAGAUGUGCAGUAAGGCCAGAGAGUUUGCACUGGCCAUGGCCAUUCUGGAGUGUGCCAUCAAACCCGUGGCAAUGCUGCCUGUCUGGAAAGACUCACUGGGUCACACCAGGUUGAACCGCAUGACGUCCAUGGAGCGUGAAGAGAAAGAGAAGGUGAAGAAGAGAGAAAAGAAGCUGGAGGAUGAGGAGACAAUGCAACAAGCAACCUGGGUCAAGUACACCUUUCCAAUCAAGCACCAGGUGUGGAAGCAGAAGGGAGAGGAGUAUCGUGUUACAGGCUACGGAGGUUGGAGUUUUAUCAGUAAGACCUACGUACCUCGGUUUUCCCCAAAGCUUCCUGGAAACACCAACGCCAACUACCGCAAAGAACUGGAAGAUGCUAAAUUGGGCAAGAGAUGUACCUUGUUGGACUUGAGCCGACGACCCAGUUUAGUUGCAUUGAGAGCUCACGACGGUCCCGCGUCAAGCAGCGAAACCAAGGAUCAAGAGUCCACGGGUCUCUCCAGAAAACCUGCUGAAGACGCAGAAUCUACGGAAAGGAUGGAGCAAGAAGAGAACGAAGAACCAGAAGAAAAGAAGCCAACAGGCUCACCUGUAAAGACGGAAGGGGAUCCCACAGACUCCGCAUCAACGGAACAAAAAUCCAGUAUUCAGGAGCACAAAGCUGCCAUAAAAGAGGAGCCUUCAGAUCCUUCUCAGCGCCCCUUCAACUACGACGUCGUAGACGUCAGCAAGGGCUUCCUCACCCGCGUUGCUUACAAGAAGAAAGUGAAGACCUCCAAGCUGGACAGCCUGCUGGAGCGCAGAGUGAAGCAGCACACGAUAGAAGAGAAGCAGAGACAGCAGGUUUCCGCAUCCAGAUCGCUGGCACCAGCGCCGGUUUCUCCCUGUUCAGCCCCCAUCCCAAGCACUCCGAUCCGGCCUCGGUCGCCGCUCAAGCCGCAGAAUCUCGCACAGACACAACUUGUAAACAAGGAAGCUGUGAAAGUGGAAGAGAAACUUUCUACGGCACAAACGUUAGGGGCAACAAAAGCCGGAGGACAAGAGGAAGGAGAGCGUGCGACUGAACUCUUUAACCCUUCUCCUUCCUCUGUGUCAAACCGCAGCCCCAAAAACACUUGCAAUACAGGUACAGGUGAAAGUUCACCACAAAGUCAAACUGCCUCCAUGCUCCAGGAAAGCUUGGAGGAAAGGACUAUGGGGCAUAAAGAAUACAGUUCUGAAGGUUCUGGACAAGAAGCUAUUAAGCUGUCAGAUGAGCAAGAGAAAAAAGUGAGGGGGUCUAAUAGCUCUUUAGGGCAACAAACAGCCUGUGUUGCAUCAGAUGUAAUCAAGGCGGAACAUUCUUUAUAUGCAGAGUCCAACUCUGUGACAACACUUCCACGUGUCGACCAAAAUACCAGCGAAAACGGAUCUCCUGUUAAAACCUCAGACUCUCUUGAUUCUGCGCACUCAGAGGAAAAUGGCUUUGGGCCAGAGGAGAACCAAGGAAACUCGCAGGGCUUUGGACACAACGGAACCAUAGGGGAAGACACUUCCAAGCCAGUUUCGCCUGUGCCUCAAGUGAACGGGAAUGGCGGUUUGGUUAGCGAAAAUGUACUGAGUAACUCUGUAACGAGCUUGAAUAAUGGUGUGCUCACCGACAGACCCCAGCCCAACAUGAACAGCAUCGGGAAGGCCGAGGAUCAAAGGCUGGUGGUCUCGCCGAAGGAUGGCGCACAGCAGAAGCCUUUAGUGAACGGAGACUUGACCUCGGUAAACGCUACGGUCAUUUUGAAAGGAAAAGAGGCACAUUCGGAUUCUGAGGCAGAGGGAAAGAUAACUACACUGGACCAGAAUUACAGCCCUCCGCCAAAGAUGGCAAAGCUUGAGAACAGUACAGACAAAUUUGGAGGCAACGCCGGGAGCAAUCUGGAGAAUGACAGCACCUCAACUUUUUAUCCCGAGGAGACCAAACGCGCUCCUGCCGUGAAGAUCAUCAGAAUGGCUCCUUCUCCCAUUCCUUCACCAGAGGAGUCCAGUCUGAGCGACGACUUUGCAGAGGAGAACAGCAACAGUGGGUCAGCGGAUCCAUUCAAGACCAUCAUCACUCAGGUAACCACAACCUCCACCACGACGACGGUAGUCUCCACGGAGACGAGAACGGCAAAAAGCCCGGGUGAAUCCACGGCGUCUGUGGUGACGACGAAGAGCAGCGCAGUUUCGACCCUUUCCAGCAUGACCAAAACGACAGUGACCAAAGUUUGCUGCUCUGGACUCGACGAUCUGUCUGAAGACAGCCAGAGCAAAACACUGGUGCAGGAGCAGAGAACGACGCACUCGUCGUGCACCCGGGAUUCUGGCGCAGGUGGUACAUCUACCAUGUUGUCUGUCUCCAUGAGCCACGAAGAGUGUUUGACGACGAAAGGACGCGUGCGCCUUCUCAAAUUCUCCCGCACGAAGAAAACGCGCUCCGACACAGCUCUUCCUUCUUACCGCAAGUUCAUCACCAAGAGCAGCCGGAGGAGUAUCUUUGUUCUGCCGCAUGACGACUUGAAGGUGCUGGCGAGGCGAGGAGGAUUCCGCGAAGUGCCGGUGUUCAGUUACAACGCCAAGCCAGCCCAGGAUAUCUGGCCGUACCCUUCACCCAGACCUACAUUUGGAAUCACUUGGAGGUACCGGCUGCAGACGGUGAAGUCCCUGGCUGGAGUGAGCCUCAUGCUGAGGCUCCUAUGGGCCUGUUUGAGGUGGGACGACAUGGCCGUGAAACCGUCUGCCGCCGUAGGCACGACGCGUACAGCCCUAUCCCCACUCAUUGCAACAGAGACCUCGGAUACCGAAAUCACCACCACCGAGAUCAUAAAGCGGCGUGAUGUGGGACCCUACGGCAUCCGCUCAGAGUAUUGCAUCCGCAAAAUCAUCUGCCCCCUCGGAGUUCCCGAGACGCCAAAGGAAACACACACUCCUCAGAGGAAAGGUCUGCGCUCCAGUGCUUUGCGUCCCAAGAAGCCCGAGCCCACGAAGCAGACCGGCCCAGUGGUGAUCGAGACAUGGGUGCCUGAGGAGGAGCUGGACCUCUGGGAGAUAAGGGCUUUUUCAGAAAGGGUGGAGAAAGAAAAGGCCCAGGCAGCAGAGCAAGCCAAGAAACGUCUCGAACAGAAGUCCGGCUCCGUCACAGCCACACCGGCCGGGACUCCCGCUGCGCCCGCCGCCACGCCCAAAGUCAUCGUCGGCUCCAUUUCCGGCCAGGGCACCCCCACUGCCAAGGUGGUGCUGUCCACCAAGAUGGGCAGUCCUGUCACAUUCCAGCAGAACAAAAACUUCCAGCAGUCCUUCGCCACCUGGGUCAAGCAGGGUCAAAGCACACAAGGAUCAGGCGGCGAGACCCCUGUCGCCACUUCUAGUGGGCAUACUUUACACAUCACAGGGACCUCGGCCAGCGGAAAAGUCGUGACGGCGAAGCUGCCGCUCCCCGCAAACAGCAAAAUCGUCACAGUCAACGUGCCAACGACGCAGGGAGGUGUGGUUCAGCAGAAAGUACUGGGGAUCAUCCCGUCCAGCACAGCAGGCGGCGCCCAAACCUUCACCCCGUUCCAGCCCCGCACGACCACCCUCAACAUCAAGCCCAGUACCCCCGGCUCCCACCAGCAGGUUCUAGGUGGUGGCGGUCAGAUCCGUCCAGGGAUGACAAUGAUCCGAACCCCAAUCCAGCAGUCUGGAGCUGUUGGAAAGACGAUUCUCCGCACACCGCUUGUGCUCCAGCAAGGUCAGGGCGGACAGCAGGUAGUGACACAGAUCAUCCGUGGCCAGCCGGUUUCCACAGCAAUAUCGGCUGCCGGCGCUGUCACUGCGGUAACAGGUCAGGGAGUGACCGGCCCCAGCGCCGCGGGACAGGCAGCUGGCCAAACACCGCCCGGCACCCCGCGGGCGCCAGGCCAGGGCCAGGUUAAACUCACCAUGGCCCAGCUCACGCAGCUCACACAGAAGCAACAAGCUGGGUCUGGUUUGGAGCGACCAGCUGGCGUUGCUGGUUCACAGGCCCUGACUGUGAUGGUUCAGGGCCAGGGUCAGACCACCGGCCAGCUGCAGGUCAUACCCCAGGGGGUCACGGUCAUUCCAGGACCCGGCCAGCAACUCAUGCAAGCAGCCCUGCCGAACGGCCAGGUGCAGCGCUUCCUCUUCACCCCGCUACCCUCCGCCGCCACGCCCACGUCAAGCACAGCCACUUCAUCUCCCAGCCAGCCCAACUCCACGUCGAGCAAAACUGCAACCCAAGCCGCGCAGCAGGCUGCCGCUCCGAUCCAAGUCGGGGCAACCCCGCUCUCCACCACCGCUGGCGGCGCUUCGUCCACAACCCAUCAGGGCCAGUUACCCCCACAGACCCAGGCCCACAUGCCUGUCCAGUCCCCAACUUCACUGCAGGUCAAAGGUCAGGGGGGAACCGCACAGCUCCAGCUGCAGCAGACGCCCCAGCUCAUCAGUGUGUCCGGACUCCCACAGCAGGUUCUGGCACAGCUCCAGGCCCAGCAGGGCGGAGGCUCUCUGCCUCAACACAUCAAGCUGCAGCUUCCCAUCCAGAUACAGCAGAGCGGGACCACCUCAGCCCAGGGAGGACAGAUUGGAAAUGUCGUUACCAUCCAGACGGCCUCGGUCCAAGAGCAGCUGCAGAGAAUCCAGCAGCUCAGAGAGCAGCAGCAGCAGAAGAAGAGGCAGGCGGCAGACGCCAAGAGGGAGCUCGCCCUCAAUGCGGCCAACCAGAGCGACAUUAUACAGAAGCAGGUGGUUAUGAAACAAAACGCUGUGAUCGAGCACCUUAAGCAGAAGAAGACCAUGACACCUGCAGAAAGAGAAGAAAAUCAGAGGAUGAUUGUUUGCAACCAGGUGAUGAAGUUCAUUCUGGACCGGAUAGACAAAGAUGAAAGACAGGCAGCUAAGAGGAAAAAGAAGGAAGAGGUCGUGGAGGCCAAGAGGAGGAUGGCUAAUGCUAGUAAGCUUUCCGCGCUCCUUUACCGACACAAGGAGAGCCUCAAGAUGGAGAUCCUGAAAAAACGAGCGCUUCUCGACAAGGAGCUGCAGCUGGAGGCUCAGGAGGAGCUAAAGAGGGAUCUGCUGCGGAUUCGGCGAGAGAAGGAAAAGGCUCAGGCUGCGGCCCAACAGGCGGCCCAGGCCGCCGCAGCCGCCGCCGCCCACAGUCAGAAGCAGCAAGCUGCGGUUCACAAACACGGCGUCUCCUCCCAGCACCACCUCACCACCGCCGUCGCCUCGACGCACAAGAGGAAACGGGAGGAGGAGAGGGAGAUGGUGUCGGCGGCAAAGUCCAAGAAGAAGAAAAUGAUCUCGACUACAAGCACAAAGGAGAGCAAGAAGGAUACAAAGCUCUACUGCAUCUGCAAGACGCCCUACGACGAGACCAAGUUUUAUAUCGGCUGCGACCUUUGUACCAACUGGUAUCACGGUGACUGUGUGGGCAUCACGGAGAAGGAGGCCAAAAAGAUGGACGACUACAUCUGCGUGGAGUGUAAGCGGGGCCAAGAGAGCAGCACGGAGGAGCUCUACUGCAUCUGUCAGACGCCUUACGAUGAGUCCCAGUUUUACAUCGGCUGCGACCGAUGUCAGAACUGGUACCACGGUCGCUGUGUGGGCAUCCUGCAGAGCGAGGCGAACCACAUCGAUGAGUACGUGUGUCCGCAGUGUCAAUCCACCGAGGACGCCAUGACGGUCUUCACCCCGCUGACCGACAAGGACUAUGAAGGCCUGCGACGGAUACUGCGCUCCUUACAGGCACAUAAAAUGGCUUGGCCCUUCCUGGAACCAGUAGAUACCAAUGACGCCCCUGACUACUACAAAGUCAUCAAGGAACCAAUGGACCUGUCCACCAUGGAGGAGAGGUUACACAAGCGGGAGUACGUCAAGCUGACCGAGUUCGUAGCAGACAUGACCAAAAUCUUCGACAACUGCCGGUACUACAACCCCAGCGACUCGCCGUUUUACCAGUGUGCCGAGGUUCUGGAGAACUUCUUCGUCCAGAAGCUCAAAGGCUUCAAAGCCAGCAGGUCACAUAACAACAAGCUACAGUCAGCCGCAUCUUAGCUUCUGCUUAAAAUCCCAGUGUCAAAAGUCGCAUCUCUGAUUGGUUAGGACGUGUUGUCAGCGGACCCCUCCCCCGCCUAUCGGUGUCGCUCCGGCCCCGCCGUCCGCCACCUGACGGCGCUUUACACAUCCACAUUCCCUCCAGCGUACAAGAAGGAAGAUGGGAAUGAAGGAGACAAGAUGAUGGCUGAAAUUAAGAUGAUUGGAUGCGGAAUGGCCGCCUAACCUCACAGAUUCCUUCUGGGUGACUCAGUCGGUCGGAUGGGUUCACGGUGUCGGAUCACGAUUCUUUUAACUCGAGUUCAUUUAACAGAGCCUACCAAAAGUAUUUCUACCCCCGUUUUUGAGAGUUUGGUCACGUCUGCAGAUUCUGUUGGGAUUUUACGCAACAGACCAACAUAAUGAAGCACAUCGUCGUGACCGGAAACCAAACCGUUGAAAAAGUUAUUCACACGCCUUGUAGGUUUGGGUUUAAAGGGUGUGCUGUGGUGGCGCAGGGGUUAAGCACAACCCAUAUAUGGGAGGCCUUAGUCCUUGACGUGGUCGUCGCAGGUUCGAUUCCCGGCCUGGCGACCUUUGCCACAUGUCUUUUCGUUCUCUCAUUACCAACUUUCCUGUCAAUUAACUAUCAAAUAAAGGCCACUAGAGCCAAUAAAACCUUUAAAAAAUAAAAGUUUUGGGUUUAAAGCAGUUUUCGUCACCAAAGACCUUCAGACGUACAAAAACCUGGUCAGCAAUUAUAAUAUGUGUCUUCAUUUUUAAUUCCAUUAAAAUGAGCUCCACUGAUAACUGGGAAGAUUAUUAUUUUUUUUUUUGCAAAUAAAAAGUGAACAAAAACAAAAAUGUUAUAUAUUUUUUCCAUUUAUUUACAUUUUCAUGCUGGUUGCAUUUCCUCUCCAAAAUAAACUUCUGGGUUUAAUAAAUAAUAAUCUGAAAAGCCAUCUGUAUGAAUAACUUGAAGUUUUGUUUUACCAGUUUGUCCUGGCAAAGCAGAUCCAGCUUUGUUAUAUUGGAUGAAAAUUGUCUGAAAAGGUUUUCAUGUUUUCCCACAGAUUUUCUGUUGGCUUUAGGUCUGGACUUUGACUAGGCUGCAAUCACACUUAGCUGUAUGUUAAGAGUUCUUGUUCUACCUCAAGGUGAACCUCAACACCCUAAAGUUUUCUGCAGUUCUUUUUUAACUUGGCUGUCCCUGCUAAAGAAAGCCAUAAAGACCACAGCAUAAUGGUGCCAUCACUGUGUGUCGUCAUAUGGAUGGUAGGACAGGACGAUGGAUUUUAUCAGUAAACUGAAAGUUUCCGUUUUUGAAGAUUUAAUCUUUUUAUUUUUGUUUGAUUUUUAAUUCCAACUAUGCACUCCUUGAGUUUCCAGAGUGAUGUAAGCCCACCCAAGAACUGCAAUCUCUUUUUACAAGCCUGCUUUACAGAUUCUAUUUACUUGGACUUUGAAUUCAGGUCAUUUAACAGAUUGAAUGAUAGAAAAUAUCUUAAUGAAAACUGUUUUAUUUCUGUCAUUUGUAAAAGAAAAUGUUAACCCACCUCCAGCUUUAAGAUGUGGGGUCAUUUACUCUGUCCAGCGGGGUCACACUCACCCCAUGUAGGCCUUUACAAGGUUUUCUUUGUGUGUGUGUGAAAACCGUCAGUGUGGUUUUGGGAACUGACGGUCUGACGGGACAACCCGCCCAGCUCCACGCUGUCCGACCGUGACAUUUGCUGCCAUCAUCCUGAGCGCCGCGUCAAGAUCACGAGAGGGAACAAAUUUGAUCAAAAUUGAAUUUGGUAUUAAAAAGAAAAAGUUUAUUUCAUUUUUAAGCCACAUUGCAGAGCCCUAGGUCAGAGUAUCUGCAGAGUUUAGUUCUUUUUCUCCACACGUAGCGUUUUCAUGAACCAUUAGCAGUUGAGAGAGGCCCAAAGUAAAUUGGGUAAAAAAAAAAAAAAAGGGGCAUGACAAUUAUCAAGUUGAUCUGUUCAAAGAAAUCCAGAUAAAACGCACUGAGGUUUGGUUUUGUAAUGUGACAAAAGCUGAAAAAAGGGGGUAUAAAUACUGUUGCAAGGCAUUGUGUAGUUUGACAACUACACAGGAUUAUACUGUUAUUUCUUCAAGUGUUUUAGUUUGACGUUGGCACAGGUUUGCAUCAAGCAUGAACCCGAUGCAAAUGUUUGACAGCACAGCCCCUAUCAGAGCAGUCUGAUAGACGGAGUGUGUGUUUUUGUCAGAAGGCUGAAAUGCUUUCAUGUUACUGUCCAGAGGGAAACGACAGCGGACAGAUCAUCCCACCCACCGCAUCCGGCCUGUUUUUUCUUCUUCUUCUUUUUUUGACCUUUUUUCCAUGCGAUGCUCUGAAAUGCAAGUCAAAAACUGUCUGUGUUUGAAAGGAGGAGGCCAUUUAGAGAAAAUGAAUUGUGUGAAAGGCUGAAAGUACUGUAGCUCCCUCCAUUACAGAGUCUCAUCAACGCUGUGUGUCUGAAGCUGACAGGUUGGCUCACAUGCAUCUCUCAACUCUCUCUCUCUCUGUGUGUGUGUGUGUGUCUGGUUAAAGUAAUUGGAUAAUGAACUUCCCCACUCAGCAUCAGCUCAGUUAUGUCGCGGUCUGCGGCAGCGCGACUGGGAGUCAAACCUCAAACGACGACCGACUGUGGAGUCUUUGUAUGAACAUUUUAUAGCUGCGUUUUUUCAGGCGUAUCUGGGAACUUUUUUUGUGUGUGAGAUUCGUCCGUUUUUUUGUUUGUUUGUUUUUUAAGAGAAGAAAGUUGGGGAGCAGUGAUGUCUUUCGAUUUAGAUGUGUUAAAGAAUGACGGAAACUUUUUUUUUUUCCUCUGUUUUGAACCCUGAGGUUUCUCUCAACAUUUUUUGAAGCAGAGUUGAGAGAUGAUGUAGCUUCUGCCUCCUUCUCUUUGUCUUUCAACCGAAUGUUUGUUACUUUGUUAUAAGAUGAUGAUGUGCUUUAUUUUCUGUUUGUAAUCUCUAUUGUAUAUUAUUGCUGUCUAAAUAUGUAGAGAGAAAAGAUUUUUAGAGCAGUAGAACUUUUAUUUUUGACUAUUUGAACCAGCAACCAAGAUCUCCUGUAAAUUAAACUGUAUUUUUUUUCCUCUUUUAUUUGAAGUGGACUCGGUUCUUAAGGUGAAAUUGCCCUUUGUAUAAGAAGUGCUGCACAUUGUGAGCAUAUCGGUUCUGAUCCAGUCGAGUGGCACGAUAAACUUGUACAGAUUUUUUUUUUUUCUUCUUUUUUGUAAAACAAAAAGUCGGCAUAACUUCUAUAUUGACGUUGCAUUUCUUGUUUUAUUUAUUCAGACUGACGGAAAAGUUAUCCAUUUUUUUAAAAAAAAAAAGAAAAAAGUAGUAUCUCGAGGAAACGUAACUGCAGAUAAAAAAGCACUCUAUGUUUUUAACCGACGGGCCACUCUGAAGAGACUCUCUUUUGUACUUGAUAGGACAUUUCAUCCUGGAUAAUAAUAAAGUAAACUUUUUUCGA